AUGCCUUGGGUAACUCAUCUGCUGACUUGGGCCUUUGCGGCAGCUGGCCUGUUUCUUCUGCAGCUCGUGUAUAGGCUCACAUGGGCUAAAUCGUACAACAAACUAUGGGACAAGUUUGACACUAUUGGUGUUCCACCUGGAGGCGGUAUCUUCUCAUGGGCCUUUGCUAUCGCAAAGUCAGUGACAUCUAUGCAAGAGACAAUGCGCAACGGAUAUGAAAGGUUUUCCAAAGUCAACAAACCGUUUGCCCUUCCUACCAUGUGGAUUGGUGGAGCCGUGCUCGUCUUGCCCCCUUCGAAACUAAACCUCCUCAACAGGCCCCGGAAUGAAUUAUCCAGCUUUGAUGCGUUGCUUGAAAACGCCCAGUUUCAGUACCUAAUGUCAGACAAGGAUGUCUGGGGAAAUACCAUUCACUUUGAUAUCGUCCGCAAUAACCUGAGGGAGAAGGAUAUGGGCUCUCUUGCUGGCAUCAUUGCUGAAGAGUGGAGUGAAGCAUUCCGUCUCUACUGGGGUGAUUGUAAGGAGGGCAAGGUUGUUAAUGCUUGGGACUCAAUGGUACGCAUUAUUGCUCGAGCCGCACUACGCAUCAUGGUUGGGUUGCCUGGGUGUAGGGAUGAGAAUUAUCUAGAGCAAUCCAGGCUGUAUGCAAAUGCAGUUCUGGUGGACGCCUGCUUUAUCAACAGUCUCCCUCCCGCUGUGAGACCAAUGAUAGCCCCUUUGCUUGCCAUGCGGGCUAGGUAUUACGAACGGAAAUUAUUGAAUAUCUUGAUACCUCUAGUGCAAGAAAGGAUGCGGCAAUAUGAUGAGAAAGAAGGCCAGGUGGACGGCCCGGGUGAUGUGAUUCAAUGGUUGAUUCGAGUGGCUAAGAAUCAUGGCCCGGAACAGCUAACCGCGAACAAGAUAUCCCGCCGCAUCCUUGCCCUUACCUCCAUGUUCGUCUUUGCAAUCGGAUGGGUUUUUGUUCAUGCCGUGCUUGAUAUCUACGGCAGCCCCCCCAGUAGUGAUAUCGUUACUACGCUAGUAGCUGAGUGUCGUCGUGUCUCUGCUGAAUACCAAGGAAUAUUGACCAAGGAAGCUGUUGACAAACUAUAUUGCCUUGACUCCGCUGCGCGUGAGUCAAUGCGCCUCAACGACGUGAUGGUACAUUUACUCCCCCUGGACGUCAUCUCAGGCCAGCCGAUCGAUCUCGGUGAUGGGCUUCAAAUUCCCACUAAAUCAGGAAUACGGACAGUCUUCCCAGCGCAGAUGAUUCAUCUAGACCCUGACAUAUAUAAUAAUCCUGAACACUUUGAUGCUUUUCGAUUCUCGCGACAACAUGAUACAAAAUCUACCAGUGAAAGAGUCACCACUAAGAGGGAACUUAUGACAACUGUGAGCACGUCGUUUCUCCCGUUUGGAUAUGGUAGGCAUGCAUGCCCCGGGAGGUGGUUCGUGGCCCAUAUGGUGAAACAGGCAAUUUCUCAUGUGCUUCUCAACUAUGAUGUUGAAGUCACGAAGAGACCUGGAAAGAGAAUUUCAUUCCUUAAUUUCAUGCUCCCACCACAAAAAGCAGAAUUGCAUGUUACUAGGAGAGCAUAG